AUGGCUACAUCUGAAGGAGCCCUGCCAGAACGGAGAAUGCGUACGCUUUCACCUAAGGCCUUUGAGCAUUACCAGGAGAAAUUAAAUAAUUAUAGAAGGUCAAUUGAACAGUGUUGGGAUGACAUUUGUGAUCAAAUUAAAGAUAUACCUUUUUUAGAAAGAAAUUAUGAAGGCCUGAAGGAUUUCCUGUCUAAAUUGAGUCAGAGGUGUGAAAAAUACAAACUUCUAUGUAAAGACUUGACAGAAUUUCUCGAAACAACACAUACAGAACACAGUCUUCAGCAGAAGGAAUUACUUGCGAACAAUGUUUGUGCAAACGAUAAUGUUAUACAAGAGAAGUUCUCAAUCCUUCAUGCCAUCAUUCAAGACAUUAAAAAAAAUCAGCCUGUGUUAACAGAUCAAUUGUCUGUCAAAUCAGUCGGCUCUAGGAAAAGUAACUCACCUAGGACAGCUUCAAUCGCUUCAAGUACUUCAAGUGCUACAAAAUCAAGAGCUAAAGCAGAAAAACUAAAAGCACAACUUCAGUAUUUACAAAGAGAAGCUGAACUUAAAAAACAGAGAGCAGCUAUUGAAGUGGAUUUAGAAGUCCUCUCUGCUGAAAAGGAGGCUGCAGCUGCUGAGGCAGAGGCUGAUGCUCUAGAUGGGUCAUAUGUUUUGUCAAACUCACAAAGGGGGUCUGUUGCCUCACUUCCUACAGAACAAUCAGCGGCACGCACUGAAAGGUACAUAAGUGACUUGUUAAACAAUGAGGUUCAGGACUCGAAGGUAAAGACUCUCGUUGAUCAUGAUCAUACAGGUUUAAAUCCUACUGCCCAAACAUUUGUCCCGCUCUAUCAACCUGAACGUUCUUAUCCAGUAGUACCUCCACCUCCAGUCACAGCAACGGAAAUCACUAAAUUACUUUUAAAGAAAGACUUACUGUUUGCAAGCCUAACACCGUUCAAUGAUAUGCCUGAAACAUAUCAAUCCUGGAAGUAUAGCUUCAAGUCUAAGAUGAGUGAACUAUCAGUUACUGCCUUAGAGGAAAUGGAUCUUCUCACCAAAUGGGCUGGACCAGGAUCAAAGGAACAAGUAAUCAAUAUGCGGUCAGCAUAUUUCAGUGAUCCCAGUCAAGGAAUACAGGAAAUUUGGGCAAGACUCGACGAGAGAUAUGGUGCCCCAGAAAGCAUUGAAGCCUCACUAAAGAAAAAACUGGAACUUCUUCCCAGGCUGUCAAACAAAGACACAAAGAAGUUAUAUGAGCUUUCUGACAUUUUAUUAGAAAUAAAAGCUGUGAAAUCUGACCCAAGAUAUAGUUCACUGUUGGCGUACUUUGAUUCUUCAACUGGUGUUACUCCUGUAGUCAACAAAUUGCCACACUACCUUCAGGAAAAGUGGACAAUGGCAGCUCAUAGGUACAUGGAGAGAAACAAUGUGAGUUAUCCGCCCUUUGUACAUUUCUGUGAGUUUAUUCGGGAACAGAGUAAAAUCAGGAACAACCCCAGUUUUCAGUAUGCUGCCUCACCAAACUCUACUGUGAAUGUUUCUACACAAAAUCAGAGGGAUCCUAAGCAGAAAGUCCACACAAGAAAAACAUCCUCAACCUUAAACGAGCCUUCAGAAACAUCGGAUAAAAUCAUCAGAGAUAUUACUGAGUUCUGUCCUCUCCACAAUAUGACGCAUUCAUUUCUCAAAUGUAAGAAGUUCAGCUCUAAACCUAUAGAUGUACGGAGGAAGUUUCUUCAGGAAAGAAAUCUUUGUUUCCGGUGUUGUUCUCCUGCACAUCAACGUCAUAACUGCAAAACAGUUGUUAAAUGUGAGGAAUGUGACAGUGAUAAACAUGUGACAAUAAUGCAUUACAAUGCUCAUAACCAAAAUGUAAAGACAGCCUGUACUCAAGUGUGUGGUGGGAAGUUUAGAGGAAGGUCAUGUGCCAAGGUCGUUCCAGUGAUGGUUUAUCAUAAAGAUAAUCCAGGUCAUGCUAUAAAGACUUAUGCCCUUAUCGAUGACCAGAGUAACAAGACUCUUGCCUCUUCAACAUUCUUCGACAAUUUCGCUGGUGCUUGUGAGUUUCCAGAAAUUCAGUAUUCACUGUCAUCUUGCUCAGGUGUUAGUGACACAUCGGGUAGGCGAGCAGAAGGUUUUAUCAUACAGAGUGUAGAUGCCACAGCUAAACAUGACUUGCCGGUAAUUACAGAGUGCAAUCAGAUCCCUGAUGAAAAGGAAGAAAUUCCAACCCCGGACGUCGCUUACAAUCACCCACAUCUUAGGGAUAUAGCCAGUGCUAUUCAGGAGUUUGACUCAAAUUGUCUCAUCACUCUUCUCAUAGGAAGGGACUUGGUGGAAGCUCACCAUGUCCACGAUCAAAGAAUUGGUCCGAAGGGUGCUCCCUAUGCUCAAAAACUUAGUUUGGGAUGGGUGAUCAUCGGAGAAACCUGCCUGGGGCGUGUUCACCGUCCAGAUUCCAAUGUAUCUGUGUAUAAAACUCGUAUCUUGAGUGAUGGACGUCCGUCAUCAUUACCUCCCUGCUGUAACGCGUUCACCCUACGUCUUGAGCCUAUGAGAGGAUCUGGUAGAAAAGAACCCUACGACUUGUUCGAGAAAGGUCCAGACAGUGAAAAACUUGGAAUGUCCAUUGAAGAUGGUCUGUUUAUGAAGUUAAUGGAGUCAGAGUUCAAAAGGGACGCGGAAGGUAAUCUAACUGCACCGCUACCAUUCCGGUCACCACGGCAACGAUUACCUAACAAUAGAGGACAAGCCUUAAAAAGAGCCAAGAUACUUCACGCCAGUUUGGAAAGAAAUCCUGUGAAGAAGGACCACUUUACCACCUUCAUGGAAGGGAUCAUCAAAAAUGGACAUGCGGAAGUUGCUGGUACACUAGACCCACAGGCGGAGUGUUGGUACCUUCCACUUUUUGGUGUAUACCAUCCUAAGAAAAAGGAUAAAAUCCGUGGUGUAUUUGACUCAUCUGCGGUGUACGAAGGAGUAUCCCUCAACAAUGUCCUCCUCAAAGGACCUGACCUCACAAACAGCCUGAUUGGCGUUUUGAUGAGAUUCCGACAGGGAGCUGUUGCCAUAAGCGGUGACAUUGAAAGCAUGUUUUAUUGCUUUUCUGUGCUCAAAGACCACCAGGACUUCUUGAGGUUUUUUUGGUAUAAGGAUAAUGAUCCUUCAAAACAGCUCAUUGAAUACCGUAUGCGUAAACAUGUAUUUGGUAAUCGACCCUCACCAGCUGUUGCUAACUUUGGGUUAAGGAAGGUUGUGGAGGAUGCCUCAGAUGACAUAAGGGAAUUUGUACAAAGGAACUUUUAUGUUGAUGAUGGAUUGACAUCCUGUGAUGACGUAGAUUCAGCAGUGUCUUUGAUGAAAAGAACACAACAGACUCUCAGUGCAAAUGGCAAGAUCAGGUUGCAUAAAAUUGCGUCAAAUAAUCAAGAGGUCCUUGAUGCUUUCAACUCUGAGGAUAUAGCAAAAGACAUAAGUGGUAUAGACAUACAGCAAGAACAAAUUCCUCUCCAGAGAAGUUUAGGUAUCCAGUGGGACCUCCGGAAUGACUCGUUCACCUUUCUGAUAGACUUUGAGGAUAAACCUUACACAAGACGAGGAGUUUUGGCUACUAUAAACAGCUUAUACGACCCAUUAGGCUUUGCCGCACCAGUCACUAUAAAAGGGAAGGUCUUGCUACGUAAUAUGAUGUCCUCUACCACUGACUGGGAUGAGGCUCUAUCUACAGAUUUCAAAUCAGAUUGGGAAAUGUGGCAGCGGAGCUUACGUGACCUGGAAUCUGUGAAAAUUCCCAGAGCCUACAAUGUCAUCAGAAAGGAGGAGGUUGUGGAACGAGGCUUUCACGUCUUUUGUGAUGCAUCAGAAAAUGCUGUAGCUGCUGUCGCAUACCUUAGGGUAAAAAAUUCUGAAAACAAUAUCCAUGUUGGAUUUGUACUAGGGAAAACCAGAGUAGCUCCAAAACAGGGCCAUACCAUACCUCGCCUGGAGUUAUGCGCCGCGUCGUUAGCCAUAGAAGUAGCGGAAAUAGUGUCUCAGGAACUAGACAUACCUCCUAAGAGCAUCACCUAUUACACUGAUAGUAAAGUGGUACUUGGCUACCUCAACAACAAAACAAGAAGGUUCUACGUAUACGUCACCAAUCGCGUUGAAAGGAUUUUGAAGUUCUCUGAACCUCACCAGUGGCAUUAUGUACGUACCAGUGACAACCCAGCAGAUCAUGGAACCCGCUUUGUUCCAUCAGCUUUACUAGCGGAUUGCUCCUGGAUUAUGGGACCUGAGCUUCUCUUCUCCAAUCUGCUGGGGCGUGAGAAUUCCAUCCAAUUUGAUCUCAUCGAUCCUCAACAGGACAAAGAAGUACGGCCUGAACAGAUCUGUACAAAGAAGUCCAGCCUAGUUGAUGUACCGAGACAGAAAACAUGGCUUACUGCUGAAAAAAUUGAAAGGUUCUCUUCAUUGUCUAGUAUUGUACGAGCCAUAUCGUUUCUUCAAAACUUUGCUGCUGGAUCGCAGUCUAACAGUACAAACAACAAGCAUGCAGAAACUCUCAUUAUACGCCAGGUACAAAAGGAUAUCUACGGCAAAGACUUAGAGUGUCUUGUCAAAGGAAGACCUCUUAACCGUGACAGCUCCCUGCUUUCUCUAUCACCAGUUCUUAACAAGGACAAUCUGUUAUGUGUUGGAGGGAGAUUGAAGAGAGCAGACAUUCCUGUUCAAAUGAAAAGUCCCAUUUUGAUACCUGGGAAACACCAUCUCGCCACCUUGCUUGUUCGCCAUUAUCAUGAGAAAGUAUGUCACCAAGGACGUCACCUAACAGAAGGUGCUGUACGAGAAGCAGGCUAUUGGGUUACAGGUGGGAAGCGUCUCAUCUCAUCCAUCAUCCACUCUUGUGUUACAUGCCGUAAGUCCAGGGGUAAGCUUGGAGUUCAAAAGAUGUCUGACCUACCUACAGAGAGACUCGAACCAGGACCUCCAUUUACCUCGGUUGGUGUAGACUGCUUUGGACCAUGGCAGAUAGUCACACGAAAGACAAGAGGCGGUCAGGCAAAUAGCAAGAGAUGGGCAGUCCUAUUUACCUGUCUUACUUCAAGGGCGGUGCACAUUGAAGUAAUAGAGGAGAUGAGCACUUCAUCUUUCAUUAAUGCCCUUCGCCGGUUCAUAUCCAUCAGAGGAAAGGUAAAAAUUUUCAGGUCUGACAGGGGCACCAACUUUGUUGGAUCUAUGGAAAAGUUAGGUGGAAUCAACGUGGAAAAUGAUGCUGUCAGGAAAUUUCUCCUCGAGGAUGGCUGUAAAUGGAUCUUCAAUCCCCCGCAUGCCUCCCAUAUGGGGGGUGUGUGGGAACGAAUGAUCGGGGUUGCCAGAAGAAUCCUGGAUGCUUUACUACUUGAUAGUAGACGGGGAGUUCUCACUCAUGAAGUUCUUACUACCUUUCUCGCCGAAGUGACAGCGAUUGUCAAUUCACGACCACUGGUACCACUGAGUUCUGAUCCUCAAGAUCCCUAUCCUCUCAGUCCAUCUCUCAUCCUAACUCACAAGAGUGAUUCAAUCACUGAUAUCGUCAUUACAGCUGACAUUAGAAACAUGUAUAGAGCCCAAUGGAAGAUGGUUCAGUGUUUAUCUGAUAUGUUCUGGAAAAAAUGGAGGAUGGAAUUCCUACAAAGUUUACAAGAACGACGAAAAUGGAACAAAGAUCAGAGGAACAUUCGUGUUUCAGAUGUUGUCUUGUUAAGAGACAAGAUGUGCGCCCGUAACUACUGGCCGAUGGGCAUUAUUACUGAAGUGUUUCCCAGUGAGGAUGGCAAAAUUCGUACAGCAGAGGUUCGUGUGAUGUCACCUAAAGGAACACCAUCCAACUACACUCGUCCUAUUAGCGAACUGGUCCUUUUACUGGAGACUGAUAAUGAGUGACACUUGGUAUUUAAUGUGUGGUUCACAUUAGGUUUAUUUGAACUUUGAAGUCCAAAAUGACAAUCAGUAUUUAGAUUUUUCACCUUUGGCUUUGACAUGUACUUAAUUUUGUUAUAUGUUUUUUGUGAUAUCUAGGCAAGAUAUCAGGAGGGGAGUGUUCUGUGACCAGAUUCUGGAUCUCUCACUACUUUGAUAUUUAGUCUUUAGAGAUCUCCCUCAAGAGUUAUCGUUCCUGACUAUCAAUACUUGGAACUCUUUUAUUUGUAAGGUAGUUUUUGACAUACAUUGCAACAUGUGCUGUUCAGCCAGCUUCGAAAAUGAUACCUGGUACCCUGGCAAACCAAAAUUCUUCACUGUCGGAUUGUCGGAUUGUCGGAUAUGAAGGACAAUAAAAUCUUACUGUCAACGAGACAUUAUGUGUUCGUCUCUAAUUGUGGUGACAGUAUAAUUACUUUCA